AUGUGCGCGGCUUUUAACUUCAAGGAAAACCAAGAUCCCAGGACUUUUACUGCCACUUAUUACAACACAGAGGAGUUAGCCAAAUCCUGCACUGCAUCGUGGAGCAGCCAUCCUCCUGCAGGAGGAGCAGUGAGGACCAGAAGGAGCAGGAGGAUCAGAGAGGACCAGGAGGAGCAGGAGGAUCAGAGAGGACCAGGAGGAGCAGGAGGAGCAGUGAGGACCAGGAGGAUCAGAGAGGACCAGGAGGAGCAGGAGGAUCAGAGAGGACCAGGAAGAGCAGGAGGAGCAGUGAGGACCAGGAGGAGCAGGAGGAUCAGAGAGGACCAGGAGGAGCAGGAGGAUCAGAGAGGACCAGGAGGAUCAGAGAGGACCAGGAGGAGCAGUGAGGACCAGGAGGAGCAGGAGGAGCAUGAGGAGCAGGAGGAUCAGAGAGGACCAGGAGGAGCAGGAGGAGGAGAGGACCAGGAGGAGCAGAGAGGAGGAGCAGAGAGGAGCAGGAGGAGCAGGAGGAGCAGAGAGGAGCAGGAGGAGCAGAGAGGAGCAGGAGGAGCAGAGAGGAGCAGGAGGAGCAGGAGGAGCAGGAGGAGCAGGAGGAUCAGAGAGGAGCAGGAGGACCAGGAGGAGCAGGAGGAUCAGAGAGGACCAGGAGGAGCAGGAGGAUCAGAGAGGACCAGGAGGAGCAGGAGGAUCAGAGAGGAGCAGGAGGAGCAGGAGGAUCAGAGAGGACCAGGAGGACCAGGAGGAUCAGAGAGGACCAGGAGGAGCAGGAGGAUCAGAGAGGACCAGGAGGAGCAGGAGGAUCAGAGAGGACCAAGAGGAGCAGGAGGAUCAGAGAGGACCAAGAGGAGCAGGAGGAUCAGAGAGGACCAGGAGGAGCAGGAGGAUCAGAGAGGAGCAGGAGGAUCAGAGAGGAGCAGGAGGAGCAGGAGGAUCAGAGAGGAGCAGGAGGAUCAGAGAGGACCAGGAGGAGCAGGAGGAUCAGAGAGGAGCAGGAGGAUCAGAGAGGAGCAGGAGGAUCAGGAGGAUCAGAGAGGAGCAGGAGGAUCAGAGAGGAGCAGGAGGAUCAGAGAGGAGCAGGAGGAUCAGGAGGAUCAGAGAGGAGCAGGAGGAUCAGGAGGAGCAGAGAGGAGCAGGAGGAUCAGAGAGGAGCAGGAGGAGCAGGAGGAUCAGGGGCUGUGUGAUGAAGAGUGUGAUGAAGCAUGUGAUGAAUGUGUGAUGAAGAGUGUGAUGAAGAGUGUGAUGAAGAGUGUGAUGAAGAGUGUGAUGAAGAGUGUGAUCAAUGUGUGA